CUAAUUUCUAGAACUCCUACUUUUCACUCGAUUUAUAGAUCGUGAAGCCUCUUCACAAUGUAAAUGAAUUUCGUGAAAGCUUCGACUUCUGGAAGCACUUGAAGCUGCUUGUGGCGCCGGCGGGGAGGAUUGUGCCUUCGAUGCUAGACUAUGGUGGCGUCAGACUGGAUGAGAAGGUUAGUACAAAUUGUUGAAACUAGAAGACUUCAAAUCUUAUCGGAUUUUGCAGGCUUGUGUGGAAUCUUGUGUUUUCUUCAUAACCAGAACGCUUCUUCACGCUUGGCAGAUCUGGAAAGCAAUUUGAAAAAGGUCAGGUCUAACUUCCAACAAUUCGAUUCAUGUUCUAAUCCCCCCCUGGAAAUUCCGAUACUAACCUAGCUGGCAUAUUUCGGCAUGGAGUUCUCUAAUCAUACCUUGCUUAGUCUAGGAUGGAUUAAUGUUCUAUGAGUUGCCUGUUUAGCUGGAACGAGGGUACUGUGAACCUUGGAUUUCUAGUUUAUUUUGUACUUGUGCCAAAAUUCCAACAGUAAAGUAGACAGAUUCUUUUUCCUCGUUCAGUUGUGAUGUAUUUUUUGCUGCUUCCAUCGUUAUGUAAUUUUCUAUGUAUGAUUUGUUUUCUUGAAAGGGGUCGUUAGUAAGUCGCAAGGAUUCAAAUUCUUAUUAAUGCUCACGAUAUGUUUGAUCAUUUGCCUGAAACCAAACGGUUAGAGUGUUAGUUCACCUUUAGAAUUAUGUGUUCUAUGUAAUGCUUGCAAUAUGCUCGACUGGCCAUUACGAACUUGCUGGUUAUUCUUUAUCCUGCCUCUUGCAUGCGGAUACAACUAGAGGUGGCAAAUGGAUUGAAUUGGUGGAUUGGAUUGGUGGAUCCAUGGAUCAAAUGGAUUGGUGGAUUCAUGGAUUGGAUCAAGUGGAUUGGUGGAUUAUCCAUGAAUCCAAAUGACAUCCUCAACCAAGGAUCAAUAUGUAAAAUGUAAAAAGUUUAGGUACUAAAAUGUCAUAAUGAAAAAUUUUAGGUACCAAAACGUAAUUUUUCAAUGAUAUUUUUUGUGUAGCUUUCUUAUUUAUGCUAUUUAUAGCUAACUUUCUUAUUUUUCACAGCAUGGGAGAUCAAUUUACUGAAGAGAUUUGAGCUUAAUUACUUGUCUAAUACCCUAGAAUACUAGAAUAGUCAUUGAUGGAUCUAUGUUAAUUGACUAGAUUCAAUGGAUCUCUGUUAGUAAUUUAGAUUGGUCAAGUUUGUCGUAGUGGUUCUACCUUCUCCCAUAUUACCUACUAAAUGUCUUCUUCAAAUUCACCUUUUACUAAGAAACGAGUUGUUAACUCUAUAAGAGCUUCCAAGAAAAGAGUCCUAUGAGCAAAUAUGUUUAGAGAGCGGGAAUUAACUCAUUGGUUGAUUACAUGAUCAAAUACAAAGUAGUGGAUGGGAAGAAUGAAAAGUUUCUAGAAUGAUUUAAGUCUAAUUGCUAGUCGAGAUACAUGCUUUUAUUUGAAAAUCAUACCUUUUCAUUCUAAUUUUGCAUUUAAUUUAUCGAGACUUGCUCUCUGGCAAGUAGCUAUGAGAAUUUUAGAUCAUUUAGCAGCAUCAUCUAAUAUUUUCUUUCUUAUAGGUUGUUCUUGGCCACCUCGUGCUAGCUCUCAUCCAUGGGAAAAGAAUUAGAAGGAGGAUUCAGUAGUCUCAGGAAGGGGACUUGUUACUAAAAUAUCCUCAUUCUCUGCAGGGCUAUCUUGGAUGAAAGAGAGGUGUAAGCUGCAUAUGAACUUUUAUCACCAAGGCAAGUAUGAAUCUAUUCACAUAGUUGUUUUCAUAGCUCUUUCUUGUUUAGUACUAGUCUUGAUCAGAAUUGACCAUCGAAUAACUUUAGAAAAUUGAAACGAGUGAUUCCUCUCUCUUGUGCUAUAUCAUACCAGAUUCCCCAUUGUUGGUUGUACAAUGGCCCAAUGCCCAGCCAUUGAAUUCCAUUUUGGACUAGAGAACAUAGCUCUUAUACAAUGCCCGAAUGCAUAAAAAGUUCUGACUUUUUCAACAUAGAUGCUUCCACUUAUCAUUUAUGUGAAUACAAUAGUUUCUGAUGCCUUUGUGAGUAUGUGAGCAUGUGAGCUAUAUCUACUCCCACAUAAUUGCACCCAAUAUCUCUUGUUUAGACAUUCUUACGGCUCGAGGAAUUCUUUGCAUGGAUUUCUUUUAGGUUUCCUUGACAGAAAAUAAACAUAAUUCGUAGAAUAUAGAAGAUCCAUCUUCUAAAAUAGGGGUGUCAAGUAAAUAUUAUUUUUGAAUGGACUCAUGACAGAGAAGUUAUACCCUUUUGUACUUGUUAUACUUACAUUCUUCUCUCUUCAAUUUUUCUUUAUGGUAAAUUUGUUAGUUGCUUUGGGGAUAUUCACAACCUCUCACUGGAAAUGGUCUGAGUAAGCCAUUUUUGUCCCUCGUUGUAGGGGUGGGCAAACGGUUCGGUAAAUCCGAACCGAACCGAAACCGAAUUAAUGCUAUUCGGUUCGGAAUUUGUAAGGAAAAUAUGGAUGGUUCGGAAAUCAGGGUUCUUUCAACCGAACCGAAUUUCCGAAUUUCCGACCGAAAAACCGAAAUACUAUGAUUGCAAGCUCCAAAUGGUGGAAUUUUAUGUUUGUAGUUGUUUUUAGACUUAAAUAUUUGAAAUGUUUUAUGACUUAUGUGUUGAAAAGUUUGGUUUUAUCAUUGAUGAUGCAUAUAAUUGAUAUUUAUUGUUUAUAUUAGGGGUGAAAAAUAAUUUAAAAGUGAGAAAAUACAAGUAGCUUCACAAAUUCGAUUUUUUGUGAAAAACUGAAUCGAACCGAAUUAUAGUUCGGUUUAAACCGACCGAACCGAAUUAUAAUUCGGUUCGAAUUCGGUUUGAGGUUUGGGAGAAUUCGGGGACCCAGUAUUCAUAAUUUCGGUUCGUUCGAAACUGAACCGACCGAAUGCCCACCCCUACCUCGUUGAUUUAAGUUUCAGUAGUCAUUAUGUUAAUCUGAUCUUUUUAGCUCUACUCUCACAAUGCAUAAACCAGGGGUUCUGGUCUGACACCAACAACAGGGUGCAGGUGCUUCAUAAGUUUAAAUGCCAAAGGUUUUGUCCUAUAGACAGGAGAAACACAGAUAGUGGACAAGGAGAUGAUUGAGAAGCUUGAUGAGUGCUUUUGUUCAUAUAUGUUGGAUUGGUUUUCCAAUAUGGAGAGUUGUGUUUGACUCUACUUGUUUGAUUGAUUUUCUACACGGUCUCCUUUACUUAUUUGUUGAAAAUGAUACCAGGUUACUUACAUUAUUGAUUGAUGGUUUGAACUCUAUUAAUGGCCUUAUGAUUUGGUUGAAACUUAGUAUUCUACUCGCAUAUGGUAGUCCUUCAUUUCAGAUACGAGGUGAAGUAGUAGUCUAAUGAUGUGGGAUCGAGAGAGUGCAGUAAGAAGUUAAUGACAUGCUUACCAGCUUCGUAUAAUAUAGAAGAUGCAAAUCUUCCGUAAUAUAGCUUAACUUGUUUUUGUUAGGAGUUUUAAUGUUUUUGAACCCUUAAUGUUAACUCAAGAUUAACAUUCUAUUUGAGACCUGUAGCAGAUUGUUUCUCUCUGUAAGUAUGUUUCACAUCAUCUUGUAUAUAUGUAGAGGCCAGUGAUAUUUAUACAAUUAAUGUUCAUAUAAUUUGUAAAGAAAAUUUAGCUAGUUGGCUCAAGUUUUCUUGAACGUCAGUAAGGUAUUUGCCAUUAUGAAUUUGGAUGGAAUACCAAGUUAUAUCAUUUGACCAAUGACUCAACUUUUGGUGACAAACAUGUUAUUGGCUAAACCACAGCAACUAUGACAGGAAUUUCGUUACCCAAAGUCACCAUUGUAGGUGACGAAGGAACCCAUCACAAUAAGUUUUGUUCUGUGACGAAAGAAAUGGUAGUGUUGGCGGAAGUUCUUAAUAGAGAGCAUUGUUUGUUAAAUGUUAAGUUGGCAAAUGUUUAACUCUCUAGUACCCCCCUCGAGAAAAAAAAAAAAAGAAAAAGAAAUGGAAAGUAGAAAAGUGAAGGAAACGAAAAAGAGGUAAUAAAACAGGGUAAAUAAAAGUAGAGAGUUACCACAAAAGUCCAAGUGUAUCCGCUAGAUAGGGUUUCUUGGCAUUCAGGCCAUUGAAACACCUAAGUAUUUGUUAACCUCCUUCACUACUAUGAUUGAGAUGUGGAUAGCAAGAAUAGACCGAGGAAGUGUUUUUUAUUGUAGUUCGUGGUUGGUAGUGGUUUGGAAGAAGGGAAGAGCGGUUUUUGGCCGUGCUAGUGGCCGUUGAUUGUAGGAAAGGUUCUAGUGAAACCAUGGAACCUUUGGAUUUAGGUUGAAGAUGUAGGACCUCAUGCUAUGUUUGCCACCACCCAAAAAGGCCUUUUCCCCAUGUCCAAGACAAUUGCUAGUCAUUUGAACCCUUGUCUAAGACCUCCAGACAAGCUAGUGAUGGCAACCAUCCCAUGAACUCUAGCAUUUAGAGGUUGCCGCCAUGGUGAAGAGAUGAUAUGGCUGAAUGUUGAAGGUUGUGCACAUCUUUUGCACCAAAUGAUCCUGCCCAACAGGUCGAGAGUGAGUGAUUCAUUCAUUGUUUCAUGUUCAUAUCUUACCUCGGUGAGGACCUAUGUUGCCCCUUAGUUUGUGCCUUGCACUUGAAAUCUAUGCACAGUUAGUUGUGGCUAGUGAGUAGCUCUGUCGAGACUUGUGAUGGUUUGGGAAAAAGGGGAGAACUUUUCAUUUGCACGCUCUUGAUACAAUAUGAAUGUCGUUUAUGGUGGAUGCCGAUAUUGCUUGCGCCGGUUCAUGUGUUGAUGACCAAUAGCCAUCGAGAUUUGCCGCUUUGAGCCCUUUGAUAUGUCCCCAAGUUAUCUUGUCAGGUUAGAAUAUUAUCUUGUUUGGAAAUUGUUUGCUUGGGGACAAUCAAACGUCUAAGUGUAGGGGAGUGAUUCGGGUCCGAUUGUACACUUUUUAUCCCCGUUUCCCUUAGAUGUUUGAUGAAUUUGUACUCCGUGAGGUGUGGUUUUACACUAGGUUGUGUUUUUUUUAGUAUGUUUCAGAUCUUGACAGGUGGAAUUGACCCCGUAAUCGAAAGUGGGACGAAAAUGAGUAAAAACGAGUCAAAGGGUGGAAGCAGUUGAGGAUCACGACAAUGAUGAUUUUUCACGGUCUUAGGAUCUUGAAAAGUGCUCACAGACCGUGAAACACCAAGGGUCUAGGAGCAUUUGCACACUUCGCAAGCUCCCAGUUAGUUUGCGUCGCAAGAUCGUGAACCAAAGCCACAAACCGUGAACAGACUAAAAGAAACGGUGUAGAUAAGCUCGACAUCACGAUCCAGGAGGAAUGUGCACGAUCGUGAACUUGGACCGUGAACUGACCGCGACCUGGGUAUAAAAGGAGGGUUGAGCUGAAGAAAAAAGGGGUGGAGAGACCUAGUGUGAGAAACUUCUUCUUUAGAUUUCUAGUGUGAGAAAGUGACGAACCAAAUAAGAGAACAAGUUAGGGUUUUAUUUUCAAGCAAGGUUUUGGGAAUUCCUUCCCCAAAGGAAGAUCUCUUCAACACAAGGAGACAUGCUAGCAUCUCCAUGAUGGUUUCACUUCUUCUCCCUUGUGUUUUCCCUUCUCCUAGCAUGGAGUAGUCCCUUAUUUCACUUGGGUGUUUGUAAACCGUAGCUACACUAGUCUUCAAGAGCCAUGGCCAGGGGAAUGAUUGUUCGAGAAUGAGGAGAGCUCACUAGUCUUCAAGAGCGGAUCCAAGCCGCCAGGUUAGGAGAGUCAUCGAGUGGAGGAGGACAAGGCGCUGUAGACUAUUUGUAUCGUCACCACCAAGCUGUUGACUUCGAAGGAGGCAUCGUUGAGCUGGGAACGAUGAUUAGUGGAGAUCUACGCCAAAUGUGAGGCAUUAAAGCCAUUUGACUUUGAUUCCAUCGAGCCAAAGUGAAACGACUCCUAAUUCCGAACCCGACGAAGCUGGAGAUUGAGCCCCAACGCUGCAAUCCCAGGACCCAACGACGACUAUGAAGUCCGCACCAUACCGCCUUGUCACCGCUAUUGAAGGAGAGGUUGUUUUCUUAUACCCUAAUCUAGAGGAAUCUCUCGCCCCACCAUUGGCUAGCGAUGGUUUUACUAUUUCAACGACGAACAUCGACGAUUUCAUGGCCAUCAGCCUUAAAGGGGAGAUGUACUUUUAUCGUAAGAAGAAGAGGAAGAAACGACAGGAACCCGUUGUCGUUACCGAACCGGCUAUAAAGUUGUGGCCACCACAAGUGAGAGCCCUAGCCUAUUCAAUGGAGGCCGAAGACGAAGAUUUUGUCCUUGGUUUCCCAUAGCUUGCACCACCAUCGUCAUUGGCAGCUCCUAUUUUGCCAUGCCCCGCCGCAAGGAAGUGUUAUGAGGAGGAGUGGCCAUCGCCUUUCGGUGUUAGAUCAGGGCUUAAAUGGUUAAGGUUUGCCUCACUCGAUUAUUCGGCCAAUCGAAUGAAGAUGGAAGGUGAAGCUGGAAACCAAGGUGUCGCGGGAUGUCGAGGUUUGGUCCGCGGUUGUGUAGGUCCGAACAUGGGUGGCUUAUUGGGGCUUUCUUGUACGGAGUGGACUCGUCUGCCAUGGGAGGGAAUUUCGUUGGAGCUACCGGUGGAACCUCAAAGGAGCCAAACUUGAUUUCGUGUGGGAAGAACGCGAUACCCGACCAUAAUACCCGGUCGGGUAUUUAAGGUGACCGGCCGGGUAUUUUGGAACGCUGCGCAACGGCCAUCGGAGAAUAUCCGAUCGAGGUUCAGAAUACCUGAACGGGUAUUUAAGCGAUCCGGACAGGACCCCUUCUGUUUCACGGCCUCCAAAAUGUGCUUCCCCGGCCUCCUCUUGCAUUUUACCCGGUCGGGUAUUUCAACUCCUGACCGGGUAUUUUCUUCUUCCAUCGCCCUUCACUCCAACUUCCUCCUUUUUGACCAGAAACUCGUUUUCACGCCUCCAUUAUUGCUUUGUUUGAUGAUUCAUGUAGUAUAUGUUGAUUCUUUCAUUAAUGACAAUUUGAUAUAUUGAUUUUGGGAUACUAUAGAUUGGAGCAGAUAUAUUUAAGAUUUGCAUUGAAAUGAUUUUUAGGUAAUGUCUUUGUUUCAUUCAGUUUUGCUGAGUUUCAUGAUGACAUUGUUCAUUGGGCUUUAGACUUUGGUGUUGCUUCUAAAUAUAAUUUUUCAACAGGUAACUCAAUAAGCAGCCGAAUAGUUGAUUUCUUAAAGCAUUUUCUGGGUGAACAUUUCUUAAGCAAUUCCAUUUCAGGUAUUUCUAUGAAUUCGUGCAUCAUUUAUUGACUAACGCUUCUAAAAAAAAUCUGUUUCAUUAUGGAAUAACGUCUAUACUAGCAAAGCUUACAGAAGUUAGUUUUGAAGGUCAUCGGGCCGCACCUUGAAGAGAUACACAAGGUGAUUCAUGGCUGGCCCAUAGGUAAUCUGUCGGCAUGGGCAUUUAUGUGGGAGCUGUGGAAGGAACAAAAUGAAAGAUCUUUUAGUGAUAGGAAACAGACUUGGCAAGCUAUUUUUCUGAAUAUGUACGAAUCUUUUGAGAUGGUUGGCAGCUACUGCGCUGAUUAGCUAUCAAAACAAGAAGGAUUGGACAAGGCUUUUGUUUCAAGCUUGCCCUCCUGAUCGUAACCUCAGGAAUGACUGGUAGUCUUUGAGCAACAUUAGCGUGUAACUUCUGCCGCAAGCUGCUGUGGUGCUUCUUUAUGUUUUUCUGCUCUAUUUCAACAGGCUGUUGUUGCUUUGCUUCCUCUGCCUUUGUAGUUUAUGUUUUUCCUGCUUUCUUUGAGAACAAUAAGGGUAGUCUAAUCCA